GAUCCAUUUGCACUGCUGCCAUAACUUGGACUUUUAACUAGGUCACUUAGAUAUUGCUAGCAGUACCCAGCACCAACUGCAAAGCCUAGCUAGGAAGCUGGGUAAACAGUCAAGCUGUUAAUCUGUGCUGAGCUCCAUGCCACUGUAACUGCAUUGCCAGCAAUACCUAUGCUAGCUUGGAUGGACCCAGGGGAAGACUUGAUGUUCCCUGAUCUCCAAGACUCCAGACAAAGCAUCAUCCCGGGAAGUCCCUGCAUAAGUGAGGAACAGCUGUUGUCAGUAGGUGACAUUAAUACAAGUGAAAAUGAGGAGGAGAAAUUAAGCCAGGAAGGUCCUGAGCAAAACGGGUUGUCUGAGCCAUGUGUAGUGCUGAGUCCUGACAGGAGCAAAACCAGGCCAGAAAGACAACCGAGGAACAGAGGUGUUAAAUCUACUCCCCAAGCAAGAGGCUCCAAGAAACUAACAACUAUUGCUAAUCCAGAGAGACCCCAAGCAGAGGAGAAGCCCUAUAAGUGUAUAGACUGUGGGAAGGGUUUCAAGGGGCACUCUGCCCUCUCUACCCACCUACAGAUCCACACAGGGGCCAAACCCUUCGAAUGCACCAAGUGUGAGAAGAGCUUCAACAGGAAGGCAAACCUCAUGGUUCAUGAGAGAAUCCACACUGGGGAGAGGCCAUAUCAAUGCAAAGAGUGUGAGAAGAGCUUCGGCUGCAGCUCAAACCUCAUUGCGCACCGAAAAACCCACCUGAAAAAGAAACCUUACACUUGUGUCACGUGCACCAAGAGCUUUGCCACCAGCGCGGCCCUCAUCCAGCACCAGAGGGUCCAUGUAGAAGGGAAACUUUUCCAGUGCACCAAAUGCACCAAAAGCUUCCGUCUGAGCUCCAACUUUAUUAAGCAUCAGAAAGUCCAUGCAAAAGACAGCCCCCGUGAACAUACCACAGAACUAGCAUUUCAGGAGAAGAAACCAAGCGGUGGUGCAGAGAAGGUUGCCCUGGACCAGUCAAAAUUGCUCCUUGAGGAAUUGAGGAGAAUGAGGGAGAAUGUGGAUAUGCUUCUCCUGAAUCAGCAGAGUCAGUUACAAGUUCUGCAAGAGAUUCAGAAGCAGCUGAGCAUCCUCCUCCCAGGCAACGAUCUCAUUAACUCAAAUGUAUACAGCUUGGGGCUCCUGCUGGGACAGCAGGCAGCUGCAAUGGCCUCUCUGUCUUGUCCCCAGCUACUUAAUCCCAGCAGUCUUCUCCCCAGAAGUGCCCGGCCUCUUUCAUCCCAGUCAUCCACUUCUGAAGUGUUCACCCCUGUCCUGCCCCCACUCUCCCAAUUCUCUCUUACUCGUCCAGCUGCUUAGCACUCCUUGUACUGCCAGUAUAUCAACUGCAACUUCAUGUGGGUGCUUUUUUGUAUUGAUUUACUCUUCAAUAGGAAGGGCUAGGCUUGCCCACAGGAAGUCACAAUCAUGGUCUCUCUCCAAGUGCUGUAGUAGUGACCCUGACUGUGAGUCUGGAACACUCUUUACCAAGAUGUACUUAGCAAGCUUGUAGUAGGGGAGGUAUAAUCCAUCCUGUCUGCCCCUUGUAGUAAGUGGUUUGAGAGAGAGAGAGAGAGAGAGGGAGAUAUAGAUAUAGACGUGUUUCAUGUGACCCAAAUGUGUUCUUCAUUCUGGAGCAGAUACAGGGAGAGUACCCUCUCUCUGGUGCUGUAUGAAGCGUUUGGUAACUGGCCCUUACUGAGAUGCGCAUGAAAUUUUAACCACAGCAUACCUUGCAGAUAUGCCCUUAGUAGCAAGCUGAAAGCAAGGACACAAUCGUUGAGGAUGAAUUAGAGGGACUUGCGUGAGGGCUGCUUAAAUGCAUCUAAGCAAGAUGAUCUGAAUGGGCAUGCAGUUGAGCAGGAUGUCCUUACAUGAGAGAAACUUUACUGAGGCUUCUUUAAUUUGGCAAGAUGUUAAAUUAUGCAAGCAGAAUGGCCCUCUACGUCUACUAGUUGGCUUUGUUCAUAUUGCUUUAGAUUUAGUCAUUUCUUUUUGUUUGUUUUUGGAGACUUCUCAGUGAAGAGGUUUAAAAACCCAUGCCACUUCAUACAGCGCUCUUAGUGGUGGUCAACCACAAUUUUUGUUUUAAUCUUUUUUUUUUUUUCCCCCUUUAAAGACACUAUUCUUUAAAUGUGCUGUAGUGGCAGAGAGGAAGUGUUGCUUGUCUGGUGUUUUAAUAGGUAGCUAACCUUUUCCGGCAUAAUUCAUUAGGGGAAUGGAUUGUGACCCUUAAAGAUGCCCAGCCUUCCAGUCCACAUCCCAAGAAAAUGACUGAGACUUGCAGAGAGAGAAAGCUCAGCUCCAUCGUUCACAGCUGGGACUCAGUGCCCGUGGGAGUCGCUAUGAGCUAGGUCAAGUCUUGAGAAAGAAAGGAGUAAGCAGAAUGGCGAUAGGAUAAUCCUUCCUUUGGCACAGGCUACAGCAGUACUAGACUUAAGAAUGGCAAGGCAUGAGGGCACCCAUUAUACCAAACCCCC